AAUGAUGACAGAGAAAAUUGUUGUUUAGUUACACAUCCACACAGUCACAGUCACUCUCUCCUGCUUCGUGUGUCUGUACAUCCGCGCGUGCGUGCGUGUGUGUGUGUGUGUGAGCGGACGUGCGUGAGUGCCCCACGUGUUCUAGUACAAGCACAUCUCAUACUAAAUUAAAGCUGAUAAAGCUGGAAGGCAAAGAGUUCUUCAAGAAUUAGUCAUCACUGGCAUAGGAAAGGAUGUUUCUGGAUAAUUAGCUUGUGUCACGACAUUUAAUCAGGAAAGUACUGUUGUGUAACAACUCCUAAACAUUAAGUGUUGACACGUGGUGAUGAUGGUGGUGAUGAUGAUAGUCCACUAGCCCGGAAGAAAGUCAGCUCAUGACAGUCUGUCACUUCCACUCAAGUCAGUAAGAAGGUUGACACAGCGACCAUGGCCAGCCUCGUGACAGUCUGUGUGUUCUUGUCAUUGUCUUUGUUUUGCUGUGGACAGGAAAACUUACCCCAGUGUGCAUCUUUAAAUGAAGCAAUACAGAGUAAAGCUGGAAAACAACUUCAGGUUCAGUAUGUUUAUUACAGUCCAGGAGGUCACUGCACUGACAUGACCUGCUUGAAGGAACCAGGUCAUGUCAACGAUUCAUGUAUCUGUGAGGACGGGAGAAACAACAAGUGUUAUCCAAGGCUUCUAUCAAGCGCCGUUGAUGAUAUGUACGAUAAUUGUGAUGAUAAAACAUGCAAUGUGUGGCAAGUGUUUACGUCGAAUGUUAGACCACAUGUUUCAAUCUGUGUGGUCUACAUGUACACUGAUGUAAGUGAAGCAGUCGACCCAUGCCAGGAACUAAAGUCUCGGAGGUUCAGGAGUCCCGUGUCUCUAGUACCAUCACGUGAUGACACCACGUGUCACAGUCUGUGCUCCAUCUCAUCAGUGGACAAACCCCAAGACAGAAACAGCAGCGUCAAGAUAGAGUGGAACUUUGUGGACAAGUCCGACAGGAACCAGGUAGAGUACAGGGUCAUGAACAACAUCACCAGAGACUCCAAGCCCUGGACAUCAAUGUCCAAGUAUUAUCACCGCAAAAAAGAAUUUUCGCUGACUAACAGAAAUCUCGAGAUUCGCUUCAACUUGACUGACAUGACGAGCAUCAGGCGGCUGAGGAUUUCUGUGGAAUAUGAUGCUGACAUCAUGGUGAGUUGUAAUACCAGUGUCCCAGACAUCACACCAACCUUGAACACCAGCAUACCACGUGAAAAUAAAACAUUUCCUGUGAUGUAUGUUGUGGGUGCUGUUGUCGCGGUUGCUGCAAUUACUCUUUCAUCUGCUCUGAUCAUCGUCCUGUACAGAAGACACAGGAGACUGAGAGCCACCCUGAGACCAUCAGUGACGAGCCUGACAAACUCUCAGCAGGCUGCAGGGAUGCACCAGGUCCACCUGCGGGCCCAACAAUGCAAACAAGUCGAAGUCAGUAUGCUCAGGUGGAAGGUGAACAAAAUAACAAAUUCAACAAGUGGAUCCUGAACAAGCGAGAAAGAGUCACUAUGAACAGGUGGAGCCUGAACGACCAAGAAUAAGUCACUAUGAACAAGUUGAGCCUGAACAAGCAAGAAUAAGUCAAUAUGAACAAGUGGAGCCUGAACGACCAAGAAUAAGUCAAUAUGAACAAGUGGAGCCUGAACGACCAAGAAUAAGUCAAUAUGAACAAGUGGAGCCUGAACGACCAAGAAUAAGUCAAUAUGAACAAGUGGAGCCUGAACGACCAAGAAUAAGUCAAUAUGAACAAGUGGAGCCUGAACAAGCAAUGACUCUCACGGCUGGAAGAGAUAAAGACAGACUUUCCACUAAACACAAAGCAGGCGAUACAACCAUGUACCCGGGAUCGAGAAACAGAAAGGCUGCUAAAGAUGAGGCAGGUUACGAUGUUGUACCUACUCCAGUUGACUUCGACUGCGUGGAAUCUUCAUCUUGCUCGUAUGGACAUUUGGGAAGAAAGCAGGCAACGGUCAGAGGUGACGAGAAUGUGUAUAACCACCCUGUGAACCAGGUGACAGGACAGAGUGUCCAUAACAACGGCCAGGUGUCAGCACAGGGCGCUGAGGAUUUUUACGAUGAGCUACUCAGAGACCGGCGGAUGGUUGUCAUUGGCAACGUGUACGGCACCACAGGACUGAUGGGAGCAGCACCAGACUGAGCAACAACAAGCUGUCCAGGAACAACAACAAGUUUACUGAUAUGAAAUUCUGAAAUUGUCAGUAACACACAAAUAAUAUUUUGCACUAAUUUUGGUUGUUAGGUUUUAAAUGUUUAAGGGUAUGUCUAAUUUGUAUGUAAUAUGACUUUUGUAAAAUUGUACAUAAAAUAAGUAAAGCA